AUGCCCUUCCGCAAGAAAGGCGGAGGCAGGCAAGAGGGAAAGGAAAAGGAAAAGGAAUAUGAAUCGAAGAGAGGGUUUCUUGGGAUGAACUUUCCACCAAGUCCUAGGGCUCGCAGUUCUUCUGCUGGUGUGUUGGGUCUGGGUAAGGGUAAAGGUAAACCUGGCAGAGAUGGAGAUCUUAACGACGCCGAUAACCCCGCCGGGGGAAAAGGCCCGGGAUCAAGCUCUAGUGCGGCGAAGAUAAUCUGGCUGCAGCGACCUACCACAAGACAAAUGGCGAGUAUCCCCAACCACGGCGAGGCAGCCGAUUCCUAUCAUCGUGAAAAUUUCCCCUCGAUGGAACUCAAUCAUCCAGAAGGAUGCGAGUCGCACGAUCCUCUAAGUCGUGCUGGGGAGUAUGCCUGCCUCCUUCCUUACUCUAGCGAUCGACUCGCGAACGACAAGCAUAGGAAGAAUGCAUUCUUGCGACGAGCAUCAAGUACAGGUGCGAAAUAUGAUAAGACGGCGAGGCAGAGACUUGAGCAGAGAAGAUCGGGGACAGUUAAUCGGGUCCUCGGGGAGACUGUCCGGCCCAAGUCCCCACCAAGGGGAUGGAGACAGAUGGCCAUGGAUUUAUUCCAAAGCAAUAAUGGCAAUUCCAGUCAAGCUCUCGUCAAGCGGGCGGAUUCCAGAAAAAGUGAUAGGAGCAAUAGCAUAUCUUCCACAAAAUCCGUUCUCACAUUCGCCACACCACCUGAGGUCUCUCCCAUCGAACCAGACACCACUGGCGAUGUGGAAAAGCGAGUCGGUGGGAGUCUCCCGGGGAAUACCGCACCGGGCAGCAUGCGGAAGUUGGGCGGCCCGGAUGGAUCAGGACACUCUUCACACGACGGGAGGAGCAUUCUGCCGGGGGGUGGUGUCCGCAAUGCCAGUGUUCUGGCAAUACUUGAUGGCAAGAUCGGUGGGGGAGAUGGAACUAGACCACAAAAGUGUGGACAGUGGAAGCCACCAAUGCUAGUAGUUGACUUGGCGGUUACUCCCGAACGGGAUACCCUUCCUACGCACAGUGGUCGGUCCGGGGAGCCGAAUGGGUUUUGGAUAUCGGUUGAGAUUGAGGGCAAAGUCAGUAGUAGCGCUGGAUAUUCCGGGCAGCCACAAGGUGUUGGUAUGGAUGUUGGUGUUUUGCUGGAUUUAUCGUCAGUUCUACUUUCCAUUUGUUAUGCUAUUGCUGACGAAGGCAGUCCGUAUACCUCUCGCACAUCUUUUUCAAGUAUGAGAUCGAAGGCGAAACGAAUCGUGGAGUCAAUGGAGAGUGCAAGGGAUAGGGUCGCGGUAAUGACCUUUCCAUGCGCCACACCAAAUAGCGUAUACACUCUCAAUGCCUCUGGGAGUGUAGCAAGGCAGCAACUACUGAAAGAUAUCAUGUCCCUUUCUCUCCCGCAGACUAGCAUCCCGCCGUCCUCUCGCAACGUCCAGGAAGCGGUAAUGGCCGCGGUUAGGAAAUUGAAGGCAAUGCCUUCGGACGGGACGAGAUAUUCACGAGCAGAUAGAAGCGUUCAUUUAUUCUUGUUGACUUCGCAACUAGAUGACGGAGCUAUAGACUUACUCCCGGAGGUGUUCAUGGGACAGGUGCAAAUUCACAUACUCGGUAUUGGACCCGUUUUCUGGCCCAGAAACGAGAUGGGAUCCUCUGGGUGGUGUGUUCCAUUGAGCACUAUGGGCCCAAGGCCUGGUAGCAAAGAUGGCCACGGCGAGCAAAAGUGUGUUACUGUAGAAGAGAUUAUAUCGGCACUGAGAACUGCUGUGGACCCUGGCGAAGCGCAGAACGUUGUCGUUCAUCUACGAUGUGCAGGAUAUUCGCAAAUCCUGGAGGUGAUCGGCGACACCGAAUACCCCCGCCUGGCCCCGGGAGAAAAACGGAGCCUCCUCAUCAAAGUCGAUCCAGGGGACCCAAUAAACCUUACUACAUCCCACGGCGAUGCCAGCAACGCAACCGAUGAGUGGUCCUUUGUUGAGCAACGGAUUAACUCAAUCCAAGCCGAUCUCGGCGUGUAUGAAACUCCCCUCCUGACCGUAAAACUCGCAUACCAGCACAGCAACCACCCUCCAAACACCACACUCUCUAUCGCCAAAACGGCAAAAGUGCACCGCUACAACGAGCACUCCCACUGGCACUCCUCCCCCGCGCUGAAAACGCAGCUCUUUGCCUCCCCCGAGAAUUCGCCGAAGCAGUUGAUCACCAAUGAGGAAUACGUGUACAGGAUCCGCUGCCAGAAGGCCGCGAGCAUGUACUCCAACUCCGACCGCGCCCUUUCCGAAAUUCAGGCCAUUUGUGCUAGCGUGCGGAGAGCUGAGGCGAGGGUUGAUUUACAUGAUAUUUCCAGGGAAUUGUCGUACAGGGCGAGAAUGGAAAAGAGGUUUUCGCAGUCCACCACCACUUCUGCCAGCGAUAGGUGUGUGGAACGUGUGCCAACGGGCCGAAGCGGUAAGAGACUCUCGAGCUUCUCGAGUGACGCCACAGAUGAAAUUACCUACUGGCGCGACGGUGAAUCAUUCUCUUCUCCAUUCUUGUCACUCCCAGAUGAAGCGCCGCUCGUUAGGCUCGGCUUGGAGGAAUCAGAUGCGGAUGGCGAGGGCGAGGCUGAGGAGGGCAUGGACGAGGCGCAGAAAAUUUGGAGGGACAUGAAGGUUAGGAAGUAUGGUUCCGGCGGUUGGGGGGGUAUCGGGCGGGUGAGGUUUUCUGCCAACUCUAAUGGGAAUGGGAAUGGUAACAGUGGUGGGGGAAAGAGUCUGGUUACGCUCAGGGAUGUCAGGGAGACGGACUUUGGGCCCUGGAGGGUUUAG